CUAUAAAAAUCACCCGCUCUUUGACCCACACUACUCUUCUGCUUCUUCCACACAUUAGGGUUUCGAAAACCCUUUCUCCUCCGCCUCUUUCCUUCUUCAACCGAAUCUGAGCCCUAAAACAAUGGCGGAAGAAGCACAGUACGCAGCAGCCGAAGCGGGUAACAACAAGAGGAAGUACGAGGAUCAAACGACACCGCCGCCCGGCCCAAGGAGGCCCACUGGAUUUUCUGCCCCGAUCUCUUCCGUAUCUCCUCCUGAUGGUGCUCCUCCUCCUUCUUCUUACAAUAGCGUGCCGCCGCCUAUGGAUGAUUUUCAGUUGGCUAAGCAAAAGGCUCAGGAGAUUGCUGCUCGGCUCUUAAAUAGUGCUGAAGCUAAAAAGCCUAGAGUUGAUAAUAAUGGUUCUGGUGCUGGUGCCGGUGGAUUUGAUUCAUAUGAACGUAAGGACAAGCCGAUCGUUACUCCUUCGGUGACAAGUUCAUAUGGUUAUCCGGGGCAAAGCAAGAAGAUUGAAAUACCAAAUGGCAGAGUUGGUGUAAUUAUAGGCAAAGGUGGGGAGACUAUCAAGUAUCUUCAACUCCAGUCUGGAGCCAAGAUUCAGGUUACUAGAGACAUGGAUGCUGAUCCGAAUUCUCCAAAUAGAGCCGUUGAACUCAUGGGUACUCCAGACCAAAUAGCUAAAGCUGAGCAGUUAAUUACUGAGGUUCUUUCUGAGGCCGAUUCAGGUGGUUCUGGUCUAGUUAACCGGAGGUUACCUGGACAGCAAUCUGGAGGAGAACAAUUUUCGAUGAAAGUCCCUAACAACAAGGUUGGUCUUGUUAUUGGUAAAGGAGGUGAAACCAUAAAAAAUAUGCAAGCAAGAACGGGAGCUCGUAUUCAGGUGAUUCCUUUGCACUUGCCUCCUGGUGAUACCUCACAAGAGAGGACAGUACAAAUUGAUGGGUCAAGUGAACAGAUUGAGGCUGCAAAGCAGCUGGUGUAUGAAGUGAUUAGUGAGAAUCGUGCUAGGAAUCCAGGAAUGGGUGGAGGAUAUCAACAAGGUUAUCAGGCUCGACCUCCUACAAGCUGGGCCCCUCCUGGUGCCCCAAUGCAGCAACCUGGCUAUGGAUAUGUUCAGCCUGGCGCAUACCCUGGUCCAUCCCCCCAAUAUAACACAUCUCAACAACCUUACCCUGGCUACCCUCCUCAACCUGCCUCUGCUGGAUAUGCCUCUGGCUGGGAUCAGACUGCUGCCCAAAAUCAACAAUCUCAGGGAGUUGGUUAUGAUUACUACAACCAGCAGGCCCCACCACAGCAGCAACAAACUCCUGGAGGCACAGCUGCUUCAACUGAUAAUAGUGCCUAUGGUUACAACCAGCAAUCAGCCUCGGGUUACAGCCAAGGACAAGCUUAUUCCCAAGAUGGCUAUGGUGGAUAUCAUGCACCUGCACCUCAAUCUGGUUAUCAGGGCACUGGUUAUGAGCAGCAACAGGGUUAUAGCUCUGCAGCUGGUUAUGGGAAUGCCUCAAACCCAACAUCAGAUGGCCAGAAUUCUUCAUAUGGUACACAAGGCGAUGGGAGUCAAGCACCUCCACCAGUUCAGUCAUCAGCCACGGGCCAACAAGGUAGUUACCCAUCUCAGGGCUCUACUCAGGCAGGCUAUGGGAUGCCACCAACUUCUCAAGGUUGGUAUGGGACACCGCCACCUGCAGGCUAUGCUGCGAGCUAUGGGGCCCCACAGACUCAAAAGCCUUCUCCUAGUCAGCCAGCUUAUGGUCAGCCACAGCAGUCUCCUAGCGCGCAAGGUGGUUAUGCCCAGCCUCCCCCAGCACAGCCUGGGUAUCCACAACCAGCUGCUCAAUCAGGCUAUGCUCAGCCUGAUUCUGGCACUCAGCGACCUCCUGCUUCUGGCUAUGGUGCUCCAACAGCUCAGCCUGGUUAUGGUGCCCCACCUUAUGGGGCUCCACCUAGUUAUGGCCAGCAGCAGCCACCACCUUACAACAGUGCCUAUGCUGGUGGUUACGCCCAGCCUCCAGCGUAUGCUUCUGAUGGCACAACUCCUGUGUCCCAGUCUGUUCAGCCUAGUGGUGGGGUUGCAAAAGCAUCACCUCAAAGUUAAUGUGAGUCAACUUUGUGAGGUUGAGUGGAUCUGUUAAAAGAUAUUUCAUAUUUUUGUUGCUUAGGUGUCUUUAGGUCUUGUAGUGUAUCAAGGCACUGUUUUAAACCUUAGCUUUUGACCCGAAUAUCUGAGCUGCAUAUUGUUUUCCUUGUUAUAUUUGCAAUUGGUUGGAUUUUUUUCAAUUAAAGUUCUUAGUGGUUGGAGUUUAUCA